UAUUUCUAUCCCGACUAAUUGACCGAUCGUGUAUUUAUAUUGAUUUUGAACGCUUUUCAUCAAUCGAUUUUCAUAAAAACAACAGAUCGAAAAGAUAGGCGUUUUGCAGCAACAAAUUUUUGUUGGUCAGAAUCAGAAAAAAUAAAGCUGAAACAAAACACGUCCCCCAAGCUCACUUGGAUUGAACGGACACGCGAUGGCCUGUUCGUUGGCGACACCGAUCGUGAUCGGGACGACGGCCCAGGGAUCCUCCGACCAUAGUCCGAUGCGUGCUGUUUCCAAGUGCAGAAAGCGUCCCAUGCGUUUUUCCGCCCACUAAAUUUCGGUCUAUUUUGGUGGUGGCAGGCAGGCAGCGAUGCAGAGGCCGCCAAACCAAUCAAAGUCCCCUCCAGUACAUGCAUGCACUACUGCAUGUCUGCAUGUGCAACAGUCCGAGGCCUCUUUCUUUUGGUGGCGGGCCCGGCGAUGAUCGAUCUCCCUCUGACGAUCUCGUCGUCUCGCCAAAGCGACAUCUGAAUCUCAUCGCGGGGGCACGGGCAAGGAAGGAACCGUGCAUGGCGCCGCCUGCUUACACUGCCUCCUCAAUGCGACGCCGUCCUCUCGACUCGCCGCCGGGACGCCGGAUGCGCAUGCGCUUGUAUUGCCACGGGCGCGGGAGCUUGAAAAGCGACAUCAUGGGCAUGGCCGCAUGGCAACACGUACGGGAACGAUCGGCAGCUGCGAAGUCGAGAUGUUUCGAUUUCCAUAUGAUGAGAAAACGAUCGGCAUAUCAGGGCCACACGUAUACGAUCGGACAUUUUCGUGUUGUGAAAGGGAGCGAAACCAAUUUGCCGUCGCAGCUCGCAAUGAUGAUAUAUACUGUAUGCCCGUGUGACUUGGAUACACAACGCACAGCCCAUCACCAUUCACCGGCAAGCAAGCUUCGCGCCACGCAUGCGCGUUCGGCGUUCUGGCUUCUAAAGGCACCAUCAUGCCAUGCUCGCGUUUAUCCUUCUGCACCGCAGCUCAGUGUUCAGUUCGGCUCGGUAUGUGAUGAUGCGCUCAAUGGAAUAGAGCGGGCGGCCCAGGGCGGGCCCGCGUCGAUUCUAUCUACUUCCCGCGCUUCUCUUCCCGGGCCCGCACACUGAGAACACUGAUACAAACUACGCUCAAUCAAGAUAGCACACGAAUGGAAGAGAA